ACGCACGGCUCCGCUUAACGCGGAGAGCUGCUUGAUGGCCAGGGGCGCGGAUGUUCACUGCAUAUCUAAUCUGUGAAAUGAACACCUAUAUCAUCUGCAAAGCUGAGUCGGAUACCGGCUCUUAUUUCAGCUGCACGUGUACCGUUCAUUUUGCGCAGAAAUUGUUCACGGUUGCGCGCAAUGCAUUCGCGAUAAAGUUAGCAAGAGAAACAGCUAAUUUGUCUUUUUUUUAAAUUGCUUAUAACCCAACCUGCACCUUCAAGGUAGUUCCUCAGUGACUCGAGCGCGCGCCGACUCGAAGAGCGCAGAGCAUCUCCGUCCGUUCCUCUUCGGCAGGACGGAUCAGAUUCAUUUUGGGUGGGCUCUUCCCGCCCCUCCUCUGGAAACUGACGAAAUCAUGGGUGGACAUAGAAUUUGAACUUGCUGCCGGCUCCUGUCUCCAGUCUUUUCGUGGGCACCAGGGAAAGCAAGAGCACCGAAGUCUGCAGCUCACUGUUGGAGCAGACAUUUGCGCGUUUUUGUGUGAAGGAUUGCAUUUGGAGAAUCAGGAAUACCCAAGACUGCCUGCAGGAAAUAAAAAAAAAGUAAAACUGAGAUGUUGUUGGACGUUAAGCGCAUCCUCUGGUUGGUCUGCGCCUGCAGCGCUGCUGUAACCAAAGGUGACUCCACCCCUAGGAUGAGGGUGGAGAGAAGUUCUCCGGUGAGGGGCUUUCUGGCGGAGCAGGUGGUCCUGCCCUGCUAUUUCUCCAUCCUCCCUCCUCCUCCCGGCAGCUCCAGCACCUCCACCACUUCAGCCACGGCCCACCCGGACCAUCUCCGCAUCAAGUGGACUAAAGUCGUGGACGAUGAGGAAGCCGUAGUGAUCGUGACCCAGAACGGGUUUCUCAAGAUCGGGCCGGAGUUUAAGGGCAGGGUAUCGGUUCCCAGCCACUCUGAAGAUGAGGGCGACGCGUCUCUGACCAUAGAGAGGCUCAGGGCCAGUGACGCGGGCGCUUACCGCUGCGAGGUCAUGCACGGCAUCGAAGACACUCAAGAGUCCAUCUCCCUGGACGUCAGCGGUGUUGUGUUUCACUACCGCUCCAGCAGCAGUCGCUACACGCUGGAUUUCGAGCGCGCCAAGCAGGCCUGCGUUGACGUGGACGCCACCAUCGCCACCGCCGAGCAGCUUCACUCAGCCUACGAGGACGGAUUCGACCAGUGCGACGCCGGAUGGCUGGCCGACCAGACCGUCAGAUACCCCAUAACGAGGCCCCGCGAAGGCUGUCACGGCGAUAUGAUACUGAGGCCCGGAGUCAGGUCGUACGGACUCAGAAACUCCUCGGAAACGUAUGACGUGUACUGCUAUGUGGGAAAACUGCAGGGUGAUGUGUUUUUCACUGCUCCUGAUGCUAAGAUGACUCUAGCUGAGGCCAGGGAGGCGUGCGAGAGGCAGGAAAUGGUUUUAGCGUCUCCGGGUCACCUGCAUGCAGCAUGGAGGGCCGGCAUGGACCGCUGUGACUUCGGCUGGCUGUCUGACGGCAGCGCUCGCUACCCUAUUUCUGUACCCAGACAGCAGUGUGGCAGAGGACAGCUGGGAGUCAGGACCAUGUACCGCUUCCUCAACCAGACCGGAUUUCCCUUACCGAGCGAGAAGCUAGGAGCUUUCUGUUUCAAAGGAUGGGAUCCCACAACUGUACCUCCAGCUGGCCCCACAACACGUCCAGUUCUCUUAGACAGCCAUCUAAUCUCUUCCCUUAAAGAAGUGCCUUCUAUGGCAGCCCACGGCACCACAGAAGAGCCACCAUCCAUGUUCUCUGCAAGUAUGGCUCCACGUGAAGCUGAGAGAAUUUAUGAUAUGGAAACCACAACAUUUAAUGACAAUGAAGAAAAAGACAGCUCCUUGGUGGAAGGGGUACCCCAUAGUGUAGAUGAUUACAUUCCUGUUCAGCUAACCUCAGCUAUCUCUAGCACACUUCAAACGCCACAUUAUUCAGAUUCAGUCUCUACUAUGCCAACCCAUGGCACCAGAGAAGAGCCACCAUCUAUGUUCUCUGCAAGCAUGGCUCCCCACGACAGAGGUUCUCCUGAAACGAAUCCCUCCGCUGAAGCCAUUGUUGUUGUACCAACUAAAGCUAAUACAAUUUUGGAUAUGGAAUCCACAACACCAUUUAAAGACUCCUUGGACAUAGACAAAGACAGCGCAUUGGUUCAAGGGGUACCCCAUGGUGUGGAUAAUUCCUUUCCUGCCCAGCUACCCUCAGUCCCUAGCACACCUGAAAUGCCCCAUUAUUCAGAUUCCUUCUUCUCCAUCCAGCUUCCCCGUCAGCCCACCGCAGGGAGCACAGAUUCUAAGAUGGAUACUCCACAUGAUGAAGACAGUAACAUGGAGGGUAGCAGUAGUGGUGACAUGGAUACUUCUGAGAGUACUUCCAGUUCACCUGUAUUUACUAAAGACUUGCAAGGAGAUCCAGACAAGCCAAAAAUUGUUUACAAAGAGAAUGAAACAAACGUGGCUGAACGAAAUCCAGACCUGCAUGAGUCCAGUUUGCUAACCCCAGAUUUAAGCAAAGUGAACUUGCACAGCCAACAGAUUGAUGGCAAGAAGGACGUUGACUUUCCAUUGGGCAUCAAUUUGUUCAUUUACAACUUUACGCAGAGAAAUCAAUCAGCUGAAACUGUCGAUCCUGAAGCAGUUGAUGCUAUUCUAAAAUUCCUUGGAGAACCAGGGCUUUCUACUCCACUAAUAACGGCUGGUGAAAAUGAAUCACCUUUAGGCCGUGGAGACCUUAUAGGUGAAACAUCAGCUUCUGUUACCAUCACCCCACAAGUGAGCUUUAUUAAUGGUAAGCACGAGUUGUCUCUGAAACCAGACACAGACCAAACUCAGGAGGCUAGAGGUGACCAGUUUGACACUGCUAUCCCACCAACAGAAAAAAUCAUCCCAGAUGAUGAGAUAGUAAUACUUAUGGUGGACGCUGAAGACACCACAUAUUCCCCUGAAUCUGACAAAUCUUUCUCAACGACCAGAAGCCCAACUGAGCCUAAUGUUUCAACAAAGAGCUUGGAAAGUACAACCAUGACAGAGAUGCCCACAUUUUCAACCAAAACUCCAAGCCAGGAAAUGACCUCACAAGCCAUAUCUUUCGGCAUGCAUGAAGAAGGUUCUGGGAUGCGCACAACAGAUGAUGAAGAGGAACUGACUGCCUUGGAAGGUUCUGCGGAUGACACAGUGGCAACAACUAAUGACCCAUAUGUGGUGGCCACCGAUGAGACUGAAAUAGCUGAAACAGAGAAGACUACACUAGCGUUUGGGGUGGACUGCAAUACCAAAAGACCAAUUGUUACAACUGCAGAACCAAACACUGUAGAAAUAAAGAAAACAGAAAACAGACAAUUGAAAAAAGAAACAGAAGAUUUUGAGGGCUCAACCUCUGCAGAAGAUGAGGGCUCGGGACAAGAUAUAUAUGCAACAGAAGAAUCAAAACACACAACUUUAUCUCCAUCCCUCACUGUUUCAUCUCACAGCUUUACAAGUUCCUUAACAAGUAUUCAUCCCAAAGAGCCAAGGCAGCCUGUUAGUUUGGCUUUUCCCAGUACAGAGCCUACGAUUCGGGUGGUUUCAACUUUUCAAACGGAAGCAAUCCCAGAAAAAAGCACUUCUUAUAUUACACACUCUGAAAAAGUCCAAGACACAAGUACAACUAAGAGUCCUCUAUUGGUGCCUGGUAUUGAAAAAGAUUUAAGUACAAUCUUUAUCAUCACUGAGGACAUCAGCUCUGGCGAUCAGCCAAUUGAAGCAUUCCCAAAACAACCUUUUUCUGCAACUACUGUUCCAUCCCUUCUCAUUCAACAAACUGACGAAAUGAGAGUUGGUACAUAUAAUGAUGCAACUAAAGUAUUUGAAGGUUCUGCAGAAGACACAACACCAAUGAUUUUCACUAGUGCCCAACCCCAAACAAAAUUCACAACCCAAAGUUCAAAGACCACCAUUCUGCCCACAGAUAGUCUUAGAGCAGUAAUGGCUUCCUCCCAAGAAACCGUUCUAAUCAAAGAAUCAUCUUCAGAACAGACAACCACCUUAGUUCAAUUAUCAGGCACUUCAGGCUCCCAAGAAACUGAUCUAAUCCAGAAAUCACGUUCAGAAGAGACAACCACCUCAGUGCAGUCAUCAGGGACAUCAGGUUCCCAAGAAACUGAUCUAACCCCAGAAUCACCUUCAGAACAAACAACCACCUCAGUUCAAUUAUCAGGCACUUCAGGCUCCCAAGAAAUGGAUCUAAUCCAGAAACCAACUUCAGAAGAAACAACUACCUCAGUGCAGUCAUCAGAGACUUCAGAGGAGAAAACACAAGAAAUAUUAAUUUCUACAUUUGGAUUCCCAUCUGAGAAGCCUCUUACUUCAUUUACCCAGGUUCCCAGUGAUCCCACCACCAGUGUUGCUACAGGCUUAAAAUUGAAAGAGCCUGUUCAGGUCUUGGAUAGGGCGACUACUUCUGCUACAGAAGACGUUUUCACCACCCCCAAAGCAACAAAUACUGAGACAUUUGAAGAGAAUGUUAUAGAUUAUGAUAAUCUGGCAGGUCCCUCAAUUGUUGAAGGACAACCACCAUCCAGGGAAGAGUUCACCACAAGAAAACCAGAAGUCUGGACAGAUUCCAGCUACACAGUUGAGAGUCAUAUAGAGGAUUUGCAAGGUCUCACACUUUGCUCUGUCAGUGUGUGUCAAAAUGGUGGAGCUUGCUAUUCUAAUGGAAAAGGAAACAUAUGUGUCUGCAUGCCUGGAUACAGUGGGGGACAUUGUGAAAAUGAUGUUGAUGAAUGCCAGUCAAACCCUUGUCGCAAUGGAGGAACAUGCAUUGAUGGGAUAAACACUUUCAGUUGUGUGUGUCUGCCCAGCUAUUCAGGACCCCUCUGUGAGCAAGAUACGGAGGUAUGCGACUUUGGCUGGCACAAAUUUCAGAGCCACUGCUAUAAGUACUUCACACACCGGCGGACAUGGGAAGCGGCCGAAAGAGAGUGUCGUCUGCAGGGUGGUCACCUCACCAGCGUCUUGUCCCAUGAAGAGCAGCUCUUUGUUAAUCGUUUGGGACAUGACUAUCAGUGGAUCGGACUGAAUGAUAAAAUGUUUGACAAUGAUUUCCGCUGGACUGAUGGACACCCCAUGCAAUUUGAGAACUGGAGAGCGGGUCAGCCGGACAGCUUCUUCUCCACGGGCGAGGAUUGCGUGGUGAUGAUCUGGCAUGAGAGCGGCCAGUGGAACGACGUGCCAUGCAAUUACCAAUUGACCUUUACCUGCAAGAAGGGCACAGUGUCCUGCGGUCAGCCUCCGGUCAUAAAAGACGCCCAUAUCUAUGGCAGCAUGAAGUCGCGCUAUGAGAUCAACUCUCUGGUCAGGUACCACUGCAAGGAUGGCUUCAUCCAAAGACACGUUCCCACUAUCAGAUGCAGAGAAGACGGUCACUGGGACAAGCCCAAAAUCACAUGCUUGAAUCCAUCUACCUACCAGAAGAUGUAUGCACACAAAUAUCAAAACAAUAACUAUUACAACAAUAGUAAGAGACGCUACAGUGACUCGACGCAGUACCGUGAUGUCUGGUCAAAAACAGCAGACGAUUCCACACACUGAUCUCCAUCCAGAACAACAGAUGCUUUACAUCUACGGAGAAAGUUUAAAGGGGCGAAGCCAAACCACGUGCCUGAUGAAUGUUGUAGAGCCGAGAAGUGAAUUACCCUGAGGGACUGCAAAAAAAAAAAAAACACCAUCACCCACCCACUGAGAGUGUACUUUGACUAUGCAACAGUCAGCAUUGCAUAUCGUAAUAAUGUCUUAAUGUUUUGUCAUGGGGAGGGGGGUUUCUGGUUCAAAUGUAUAUAGUAGAGAUAAUGAACAAGUAAAAACAGCUGUGAAUGGUGACUGUUAUUUUGUUUAAUGCGUUCGUAACUUAUGCUUACGAAGAACUGGAUUUCCUGUUCUCUCUGGCACAAUAAGAGAGCACUAUGGUACGUCCAGAGUAUAAACAGAACAAUUACAGUACGUAAGAAUAAAAGAACAAUAGGCAUUAUAUUGUUUCACGUUGUGGUGAGGGGGGGGUAUAAAAGAGAUGUCACGGGGCUGGAGGACAAACAAUGCUGAAAGGGACUGCAAAUCAUGACUGGAAAACAAAUCUUCAACAUCGUCUUCCCCGGCAGCAUCCUCAAUAAUUGUGAGGAUUACUCAGAUAACAUCAAACCAUUGUACACUCUCAUAAUCAUAUUCUCAUACGGCAUCAAAAUAUAUUUCCGGUGUUUGUUUUUUUUAAUAUGUGGGUUUGUAAUAUAACCAUUUUUACUUUUUUUUUUAUUUUUAAAUGAAUGUCAUGGUAAAAUAUGAAAAUAUGAAUACUGUAUGUGUGGUUGAAUGAACUAGCAUUUUUGUCAUACAUUAUUACAAAUGUUACAUGAAGCCAUAGAAGUUUAAUUUAUUGCUGAAGAUACAUAUAACGAUGAAUGAACUGUGAGAUUUUGAAUAAUAAAGCGCUAUUAGAAUAUUACGAACACGUUUAAA